UCAGAAAGUUCUUUGUCCUCUCUCUCUUUCUCGAUCUCUCACAGACCCACCAUUAAAACCUGAAAAACUUCUCAAUAAAUUCAUUCACAUGCUCUUCAACAAGAAUUGAACUGUUUGAUAGAAAUAGUGCUUUUGAAUUUAUCAUCAAAGUGCAUCUGAUUUUGCAUCCGAUGGCCAAGAAUAAUUUCAUCUUUUGCAAUAUUUCAUACCUAAUUUGCAUUCUAAACUUUGCCUUAUUGCUUAUUGAAGCGGCCCCCAAGAGCUCUUUGGUCACUCAUCUUCCUGGCUUCAAUGGCACUUUCCCCUCCAAACACUACUCAGGGUAUGUGACAAUAGAAGGUGGAAAAGCUUCCUCAACUCCAAAGAAUCUUUUCUAUUACUUUGUUGUAUCAGAGAGACGGCCAUCAAAAGAUCCAGUUGUUUUAUGGCUUAAUGGUGGCCCUGGCUGCUCUAGCUUCGACGGUUUCGUCUAUGAACAUGGGCCAUUCAAUUUCAAAGAAGCAAAGAAAGAAGGUCAACUGCCCACUUUGCAUUUGAAUCCUUAUAGCUGGUCAAAGGUUUCUAGUGUUAUAUAUUUGGAUUCUCCUACCGGAGUUGGUUUCUCUUAUUCCAAAAACAAAUCUGAAUACUACACUGAUGACACAGAGACAGCUUCUGAUACACAUAAAUUUCUUCUCAAGUGGUUCGAGCAAUAUCCAGAGUUCAAGUCAAAUCCAUUUUACAUUGCGGGAGAGUCAUUUGCUGGAAUUUAUGUGCCAACUCUUUCUUCUGAAAUUGUAAAAGGAAUUAAAGCUGGCGCCAAACCUGUCAUCAAUUUCAAGGGUUAUAUGAUUGGAAAUGCUGUGACAGAUGAGAAUUUUGAUGGCGAUGCUGCCCUCUUUCCAUUUGCCCAUGGCAUGGGCCUAAUUUCUGAUGAUAUGUACGAGAAUGUUAUUGCUGCUUGUAAGGGAAAUGACGAUAAAGAAACCUGCAGAACGGCGCAGUUGUUAGUUAACGAUGCUCUUUUUGAUCUAAAUAUUUAUAAUAUCCUGGAGCCUUGCUACCACUCUAAGACUGCUGCUAUGAGCGAAGAAGAUGGCAAAGGGAGCAAAAAUCUUCCAUCAAGUUUCAAGAAUUUAGGGGCCACAGAGAGGCCUCUUCCUGUGAGAAGGAGAAUGUUUGGAAGAGCUUGGCCGUUCCGAGCACCAGUAAAAGCUGGAAUUGUUCCUUCGUGGCCAAAGCUUAUGAGCAGAUUCAGCAGUUACGCAGUCUCUGUCCCAUGCAUAAACGAUGUUGUUGCAAAUAUUUGGCUUAAUGACGCAUCGGUGAGGAAAGCGAUGCACACUGCCCCGGCAAGUGAGAUAGGACCUUGGGAUUUAUGCACAUCCAAAGUAAUUUACAGUCACAAUACUGGAAGUAUGUUGAGUUACCACAAAAAUUUAACCAUGCAAGGUUACAGAGCACUAAUUUACAGUGGUGACCAUGAUAUGUGUGUACCUUACACUGGAAGUGAAGCAUGGACAAGAUCUCUUGGAUAUAAAAUUGUGGAUAAAUGGAGGACUUGGAUUAUAGAUGAUCAAGUUGCCGGAUAUUUACAAGCUUAUGAUCAUAAUCUCACCUUUCUCACAAUCAAGGGGUCAGGGCACACAGUUCCUGAAUACAAGCCAAAAGAGGCAUUGGGGUUCUACUCUAGGUGGCUUGCUGAAGAAGCAAUUUGAAAUUAAAACAAUCUUUCUAGUUUAGAAAUGUAUCAGUCAUUUCAAAUAGUGGGAAUAAAAUUUAUGAAGCGUUUCUUGUAA